AUGAAUCUAGUUGCGUUUGUCUUUUUGAUUAACUUUAUUUCAAGAUCUAAACUUAUUACUUAUGAAACGUUGAGAACUCUUGACAAUUUUGUCAUUAUAUUACCUAUUCAGGGAAUGCAGUAUCUGGAAGCCCAACAAUUUGUACAUCGUGAUUUAGCAGCAAGGAAUGUUCUUGUUGUGAAUGAAAGUUUUGUAAAGAUAAGUGACUUUGGCAUGUCACGUGCUAUGGGAUCAGGCAGUGAUUAUUACAGGGCAGAAACUGCUGGAAUAUGGCCCCUAAAAUGGUGUGCCCCUGAAAGCAUCUACUUUAGGAAGUUUUCCAGUAAAAGUGACGUGUGGAGCUAUGGUGUUACAUUAUGGGAAGCAACAUCCUAUGGUGCCCGACCGUACAAGGGAAUUAAUGGACAAAUAAUCAUCCAAAAACUGGAGAAUGGAUACAGACUACCAUGUCCUAUGCACGUACCAAGUGAAGUGUACAAGAUUAUGAAAAACUGUUGGGAAUACCAGGAAGAGGAUCGCCCGUCGUUCACAAGUAUAUGGCAACUGCUGGGCAACAUUAUUUACAAACUCAAAGGCUAAUUCCUCACGUAAUCAAACAAUAUUGCGAUUGCAAUUAUUAACAAUUCACUGUCUGUAAAUGAAAGAUUGGAAUCGGGCUUCCUAUGUUGAGAUCAAAGCUAUUUUCCCUGAAAACGAUUUUUUAUCUGAAAUUCAAAAUUAGCCCUUCCCACUCAUGACGUACAAUUAUUUUAGAAUAUUAGAAAAUGAAAUAGGCACUGUAUAGGUAGAUGGAAGGGUAACCACAUCAACCACACUUAUAUCUUAUUCGUAACCGCGGCUGAAAAAUAUAAUCGAUGCAUUCGUUACCAUUCUCCGGAACCCAGGGUUGUCGUUUGUUUCCUGGGUAUCGAGGAAAUGAAUUAACUCGUUUAGUAGAAUCUCAUAGUUUACCCGUAGAUCAAUGUAGAAGCAUUAAUAUAAAGAUAUAUUUUAAUGAAUAAAUUUUGAAAU